AAGAGUACGAGUCAAAGUUUCAGGUCCUAUCUAACUAAUAAGUCAAACAAAUGUAGCGGAGAGGAAGUAUAAAGGGGCAGAAAAUUGAAAUACGCAGUGAUAUUAGUUGCAUGUGCUUCAUGUAAUCAGCUUCUUUAACGCAGGACAUUCACUUCUUGUCGAGCAGGUUUGCAUUAUUGUAUCGGUGCUGUAUUUUAAGAAGAGGAUCUUCCAAUGCACAGCUGUUUUCUCAAGCACUCCACCAAUAAGAGGAACUGAGACUGCUGAACACAGCACAAGCCCCCAAGUUACCUCCAGAUAGAAAUCUUGCCCGAUGCUUUAGAGCAGGAUAAAAGAAGCAUUCUACUGUUCAUCUUCUUUUUCAGCAGUUGUGGUUCGACCUCAGAGAAAAAGCUGUUACUGUGUAAUGUGUCAGAGCAGACUGUAUGAUAACUGUGUAAAACUCUGGCCCACAUCAUAGACCUUAAUAGGUCACGUGUUGUUUUUUUUGUAAUCAUCUUGGGUGAUGUGGGUGAAAGCACUCAUCCAUUUCCUGCUGACAGUCACUGUCAUCAUGUCUGCUGUCUGGUUAAAGCUCGGAACUGUGCUCUGUCUCUGCUGCACAGCCCUGGGCGGCGCAGAGACCGGUAGUGUGCUAUGGAGAGAUCGUGGAGGAGCCGUCACCAUCCAGUGCAGCACCUCGUUGGACAUAGAUUCCCUGUAUUUGAAGAAAGGUCUCAAGGAAAAAUACGACGUUUUAUUUGAAGAUGGAAACUCAGGGAAGCAAACCAUCGCCACGGAAUUCCUGGGCAGGCUGCAGUCACACGGACGGGUCCCCAAUAAGAGCAUCCUCAUCAAAAACUUGACCUCUGGUGACACGGACACCUACUGGUGCAUUUACACAAAGUUUGACACAAAGUCUGGUCGGAUGGUUGAUGAGAAAGGCACUGGAUCUGUGCUCCUGGUGGUGAGAGAGCCAUCAGAUGCGAUGAAGCAGUGUGACCCAGCGAGUAACGAGCUGGUCCUGGUGUCUGUGGUGAUCUCUGCUGCUGUCCUGCUUGGCAUCAUCAUGGGCUUCUUCAUAUGGAUCAUCAAGACUAAGGGUUCGAGCAGCACAGCGAAAUCAAGACGCGUCCCCAGCAAUGAUGUUUAUGAGGACAUGCGUGGUGGAACACUCAGGCGCUGAAGAUGUCAGCCUACAGCCAAGCCACCAACCUGAAACUCCAUCUCUGCACCGCUGAGGUGCAAGGGGUGCAUGUAAAGCAAUGGAGCAACUCAGCUAUAAACACACUCUGACAUCUCUUCAGGCCUUGUGCGUGACUGUAUGUAUGUCAGUUAAAGACAGUCAAGACGAUGAAGUCUAUGAAUUGCACGAAUGUACAUCACGGGGACAACUGCACUGCCAGUGGACAGUUUGGCAGAAUGUACCAUAAUACAAGACACAGCACAGAUGUCAGUUUGCCUUGUCUAAUGCUAAAAAUCUAAACUGGACUGUGGCCUUGACCUGUGACCUUCUCAUGUAGUUUAAUGUAAAUAUGUUUAAUUUCAGUCAUUUCCUGUUUUUCUAUCUUGAAAUGGGAUUUACUAAAAUCAGGGAAUAUGAAUUUUGUAAAAGAUAGAUACUGUGUAUUGUCAGAAUGACAACUGUAAUUUGCUGUCUGCGUAAAUAAAACAAUAUAUU